ACCCAGCGGACACUUUGAAGUCCUGCCUGUUGUGAUCAGUAAGAAGCUGAAGUCCGGACCGAAAACACGCAUUGGGACGUUUCCUCCCCAUACUUGGAAUAAAUAAAGUAUCUCAAGUCUUUUAUGCGUUUACAGAAGGUGCACUGUGUCCAUUUUGCGUCCUGCAAUUCACACAGUGGACUUCUUUUUGUGUUUUUGGGGUUUAAGAUUGGAGCAAAGGAGCCGUGUCGGAAGAUCAAGAUGCUUCAAACGAACUAAGAAGCUUCUCCGUCCUUCGGGACAUUUAAGGACGUCCAGCUGUGUUUAUUUAUUUUUUAUGGGACGUGGCUGCAUGGAUUACAUUUAUCACCUGUAAACCUUAUUUGGGACUAAAAGUAACGCACAUCCACCUUAAGCGCAGCGCCUUCACACCAAUGAAAUAUCUCCCUUUAGGAUCAGUAAGUAAGCCCAUCGAGCUCAGUGAGACCAGCGACAGUACAACGUCUCGUCCCGGUGCUGUGGUCUCUUUGUUGACCCCUCUAGACCCACUCCGGCAGGCAAAGCGGCUUCCCAUCCGAGUUCUCAAGAUGUUGACUGCGCACUCCGGACACUUGCUACACCCGGAAUAUUUACAGCCUCUGACGCCCGCACCCGUGAGCAUUGAGCUGGAUGCCAAGAAGAGUCCACUGGCCCUGCUGGCACAGACCUGCUCUCAGAUUGGUAAACCAGACCCUCCGUCCUCCUCCAAGCUGGGCUCUUCCUGCAGCCAGGGGGACAAGGAGACGAGCAGUCGGUCGUCUGGGUCCAGCUUGAAGCUCGGGGAGCACCGCCCCUCCGGGGAGGACAAGUGUAGCUUCAAGCCCUACAACAAAGGCAGUGGAGACUGUCGCAGGGACGGAGUUACCAGCAGCAGCUCUCACAGCAGCAGUGAUAAAGUUGGGUUCAGGGUGCCCAGCAAUAACGUCACCACUAACGGAAAUUCAAUCAACGGCCUGCAAUCCUAUCCGCCCCACGCUGCUUCACCCAGCUCUCGAGCAGGCAGCAGCACCCCACCAGGACACACUCAGCAGCAGCAGCAGCCUCACAAGCAGAGUCAUUCUCCUGGUGGACAGCCUGCGUCACACUCCCGGACUCCUAGUGGAGAAACUGUACGUGAGCAGGGCAGUCCCACCAGCACGAGCAGCAAUAAUCCCAAAAAAGACGCUGACGUGAACAAGAACCACUCAGACAGUCCACACGACGCCAACUCCAGCCACGUUCGAGCCAGCACGAACUGCAGUAACAGCAGCUCUGACGGUGGUUCCAACCAUGAGGGAGGUAAAGCAGAGUCUGCCCAGCCUAACCUCCGCCCUGGACGCCUGACUCCCAUUUCUCCUUAUAAGACAAGCCAACCACUCUACCCCCUGCCCCCCUCUAAUAUGGGCUACCACGGAUCUGUGGUGGGGGCUUACGCUGGCUACCCAUCUCAGUUUGCUCCCGGGCUGGACCCGACAAAGUCAGGCCUCGGCAUGGGAAGCAUGGGAAAGCACCCGAGCUCCAGCCCGCUCACAGGGGCCUCCCCUCCUUCCUUCAUGCAGAGUUUAUGCAGGGACCCCUACUGUCUAAGCUAUCCGGGUGUAUCCCAUCUCGGCGCAGGCAACUGCAACUCCUGCAUUCACGACCCUUCCUCCACCCUCAAGUCAAAUUUCCCGUUGGUGUACCCCUCCCACCCGCUGCACUCCUUCCAUCAAAACUCUAUGUCGUCCAGCGUGUCCUCCUCCCUCUCACAUCCCCUCUACACGUACGGCUUCAUGCUCAACAAUGAUCCCCUCCCGCACGCCUGUAACUGGGUCUCAGCCGGGGGGCCGUGCGACAAACGUUUCUCAACAACCGACGAGCUGCUGGCUCACCUGCGCACACACACAUCCCUUCCUGUGGGAAUGGACAGUAAGAUGAUCUCGGUAUCCUCCUCUGGACCUGGCUCCUGCCACCUUCACCUCCCCCACCAGAGCAGUCCAGGCUCCAUGCCCAGCUCCUUCUCUCUCCGGGCACCCCCCAGCCUGGGUUUAGCUCGCUAUCACCCCUACAGUAAGGUCCAUCUGCCCCCUGGACCCUCCUCCAUCUCCCUGCACUCUCUGCCCAACACAGGCCCGUACUACCCUCAUUACGCUCUCUACAGUCAAAGACUUGGAUCGGCAUCUGCUCUGGGCUACCAGUGAUACACCAUCUACUAACAUUAAAGGAAUAGUUCGACAUUGUGGGAAAUACACUUUUUCUUUUUCUAGUUGAGAGUUGGGUGGGAAAGCGGAUACCAUCAUACCAUAUAUUUCUCUUAAAAAUAAAACUACACCCAUUUAGCCUAGCUUAGCACAAAGACUGGAAGCAGGAGGAAAAAGCUACCGUGCCUCUAUCUAAAGGUAACCACCUACCAGCACCUUUAAAUCUUGUUUGUUUAAUACGUAAAAGCGUUCAGUUUCCAGGAAGAAAAGAAGUUACGGCUCCUAGCAAAGAAAAAGACCAGAACGUAACUCCUUGUUAAACACAAAAUUUGUGUUUAUUGUAAGUUCUAAACAAAUAAGUUAAAGCGAGUUUCAGAGGUGCUGCUGGACAGAGCCAGGCUAGCUGUUUCAAGUCUUUGUGCUAAGCUAACUCAGCAUACAAGAGUGGUAUUAUUAUUCUUGACUUACUUUGUCACCAGAAAGCCAAUAAGCGCAUUUAGCAAAAUGUCCGACUAUUAUUUAAAGCCUAUUACUUGAUUGUGACUUAAGACUGGAUUCAAGUGGAACUAGGAUGUGGGAGUGCAAGUCAUUGAUUAUGAUUUGAGUGCAUCUUCACACAUUUUCUUUAAUACAUUAUGAUUAUAUAUGAGAUUUGGUGUUUCUAAUCAGGCUCCACUCAGAUCAGAGGACACAUGUGGCACUUGCAGGUCUGCACAUUGCUCGGAUGCUUUUGCAACAGAAAUGACUGCCCUUGGGUGACUUCCCCCGCCCCUUUGGGCUCAGCAAAUUGAUGGUUAGAUGCUGUGUAAUAGCUCCUGGAUGUUCAGGGUGCUCUCUGCAAAUGAUGAUGAUUUAGUGUGGAAAAAUGUAAUGUGGCAAGGAUGGCAAUAAGCUGCAGCCGUGGGCUGAUGCAAGUCUGGCCACAGUCGCUUUCUCCUUGCAAGAGAUGCAUGUAAGCUUGACACAGCAACUGUUUAUUCAGCCCCAUGGUUUGUCAUGAUUUGUUUUGGUUCCUUAUGUUUUGUUUACUCCUACUGAGAAGUUGUAUUUAUUUUUCACCGGGUAUCUGGCUUUCAUGUUUAUCAUAUAAAUCUGCUCUCAUUUUACAAUCCUCUAAGCAGACAUGAUGACAGAUGUUGAAUAUGUCUUAACACUUCUUUGAGAAUGAAUGUUGAAAUCACAUCUCUCUCUCUCUGUUUCUGAACUCCUCGUUUUUUUCCCCCAUUUAUAACAGCAAUUCAAUAAAAAGGAGAUGGGAUAUUUUUAUGUAAAAAUUGGAACACCCGGUUGUGGUAUCCAAUUAAAGGGGAGGUCAUAUUUUGUUAAAUAAAUCACACUGAAGAUGUA